CGCCAAUUCAAUUGCUGCACAGCACGGUCGCAUCGCGAUGUUGAGCCCACGGUCGCAUGAUCCGGAGCAUGCUGGAUCGUCUGCCCUGGGCACCUUGGCAGCCGAGACAGAGCUGAGGCACUUCCUGAAGCUGGCGAGGCCGGAAUGGUCCAAGCCUCGCCGACGUGGGCGCAGCGACGUGGUGCGCGUCCAGGAGAAGCUCAAGGCAGUGGGUGUGACCGACAUCGACACGCUCAUUAAGAUGGUGGAUAAGAACACCAUCAACGAGGAACUCUACAAUCGGGGCUAUGUGCCCCUGAGCCGUGAAGCGCUCGACUCCAUCCGAAAGCGAAAGACCUUCAUGCAGGCGCUGGAGGGGGUGGAUGUGCCCAACAUCCGGCAGGUCGGAUUCUUCGAUCCAGUGGCUCAGAUGCUGUCGCGGCGGCAAUUGCAAGGUCAAGUGGGCCGUCGCUCCACGAAGAAAGGGGAGGAGGGAGGGCGACAGUCUUCCCGGCGCCCCGCCAUUGUGCAGACUGAGUCGUCCAUGGCCGAAGUGCCGGAAGAGAUGACGCCUCCGCCCUGGCCGCGACUGCGGGGUGCGCAGGGUGGGCCGCAUGGGCGGGUGCCCCGGCGGCCCUCGGCAGGCUUGGUGCUGCCUUCGAUGAGCGCUUCAGGUGGGGUGCAACGAUCGCAGAGUGAAACGAUGCCUAGACUCCCAUCCAUGGGUGGAGCAUCUGCUGCCACUUCCAUGGGAAGGCUGGAACGCGGAGACACCUCGGAGCUGCAUGGGGAUCCUUUUUCGCGCAGCACCACCAAGAGAGGCAGCGCCGGGCUUUUCGGCGAUGGUGCUCCGGUGACCAUGAGAACCAUGGAUAGCUGGCUGAGCCCCAGCAUGGAGGAGAUGCUCUCCCUUCAACGCGCUGGGCAACGGAUGCUGGACACUCUUGAGGACUCUCAAUCUUCCGCAGCCAAGUGGAGCCCCAAGAGUCGGAAGACGCCCCUGGAGCAGGGCGAGGAGAUGCUCAUGGAGCAAGAUGCCCUGGACGAACGUGAGCGACUGGUUCGAGUGGUGAAAUCCAAGUCGCAGCCGCCGGACCCCUUCAGGAGUCAUAUCGCCUUCAACAUCAAGCAGCGCUUAGAGGAUUUGGCCAAUGAUGACUCCAAGGAGGGGCUUGCCAUCAACCAGCGAUGCCUGAACAUUCGAAAGCAGCUAGCACCGGGGCCCAGAAAACGGAUGAGUCGUGGUCCCGUUUCGAGCUCCCCAAACCCUGAAAACCCAAAAGUGGCCCACUGAGGGAUGUGGAGGGAAGAGAGUUGAGCUUCCUUGGUGGGGUGUAGGGGGAAGACGGGCGGAAGGACAAAGGGAACCCCUUCCACCUCAAUGCUUUCGCAAUCUUUCUCCCUGUCCAACUCAGAGGUUUUCCAGGAAGACGGAAGUCACUCGCAGCCGAAAAGGUGGUGUUUCUUUUUGCUGUUCAUCCUUCUUCCUUCUCACCCCAAGACCAUUCGGCCAUCCGAGUGUCUGCAGCCCUGUACCCAUAUAAUUCGGCCAAUGGACACAGCUCUUCGGCCAAUGGCCUGGCUUUGCUCCGAGAACUUCCGCCACACAAGGUUCACCUCUUGCUGGAGGAGCCGGUUCUGCCGCGACUCAUCGUGGAGUCCCAUGGCCUCUUCUCUGAGCAACUGCACGGGGAUUAUUUAUGAGGCACGAGCCCGUUUUUUGACGCUGCACGCGCGGAGUGCGCAAUCGCUCAAGAUGCGAGAAUUGACUGACCAGUGGCACUACUGGAGCUACAUGG